AUGCCGGUGAGUCCACGGGCUGUGCCAGACUCUCCUGAUGGGAAAUCCAGGCAAGUUGUUGUUGUUGUUGUUGUUGUUGUUGUUGUUGUUGUUGUUGUUGUUGCUGUUGUUGUUGUCGUUGUGGUUAUUGUGGUUGUUGUGGUUGUUUUUACUGUUGUUGUGAUUAUUGUUGUGGUUGUUGUUGUUGUUAUUGUUGUUAUUAUUGUUAUUGUUGUUGUUAUUGUUAUUGUUGUUGGUAUUGUUAUUGUUAUUGUUAUUGUUAUUGUUGUUAUUGUUAUUAUUGUUGUUGUUGGUGUUAACCACAACUGCAUGUUCCAAGUGUCAGAUAUGAAAUGUUGGUUCGGAACUCAGCGGACACAUUUAGGAGCAAUUUGGAGUUCAUCGAACGCCCACGACAGGUUGGUGAUUGAAGUCGUAUUCGCUGAUUUCAAGGAGCACUAG